UCUGAAUGUCUACGAGCUUCGGUGGUUGAACAAGCCAAGGUUACACUGCAAGAAGGACUAACCAGAUGGAAUUAAAUCAGAUGAUUUAAUAACGCAUUGCGGGUACCCAAUAACAUUCUAGCAUGUCAAGCCGCUCGUUGCUAGGGCUGAUCAGAACAUCGGAAGCAUUCGGGUGGUUUUCCAACCACAGUCGGUUAUUUCACGGACACAUGCGGAGAUCGGCGAUCACUCUGUUGUCUGCUCCGAAGUUGUUGGUGUUUGGAAAGGCUACACAUCUGUCAAACUUUGCGAAAAUGAGCUCAGGUGGAAGUGGCAACAACGCGACUGGCUCGUGGAAGUCGUCAAUAAGCGAGAAGGGAGCUUUUGUCAGGAAACAGUCUGCAUUCAGGAAUGCUGUAACCGCUGAUGGAUCAAGUGGAUUCAAAGCGGAGGCCAAACGCUACCAUCUGUACGUCUCCCUGGCGUGUCCCUGGGCCCACCGUGCCCUCAUACUUCGAGCACUGAAGGGGUUGGACGAUGUCAUCUCCUGUACUGUCGUGGAUUGGAUGUUGGGAGAGGGAGGGUGGAACUUCACUGAUCAGAAGCCUAAAUGUACACUUGACUCCCUGAACGGUGCCAGCUACCUGAAGGAAAUCUACAUGAAAGCUGACCCAGAAUACAAAAGCAACAUCACAGUACCUGUUCUGUGGGACAAGCAAUUGAAGACAAUCGUCAACAAUGAGUCCAGCGAGAUUAUCAGGAUGCUAAACACGGAGUUCAAUGCAUUCUGUAAAACAUCGGAACAGCGUGAGCUGCACUUCUACCCAGCAGACCUGCAGGCGGUCAUUGAUGGCAUCAAUGAAUGGGUGUACCCCCAGAUCAACAAUGGAGUCUACCGCUGUGGGUUUGCACGGAGCCAGGAGGCGUACGACAGCGCUAUCACUGAACUGUUCCAGGGACUUGACCGUGUUGAAGAGAUCCUCAGUAAACAGCGCUACUUGACAGGGAGUCGGGUCACAGAGGCAGACAUCAGGCUCUUCACAACCCUUGUCAGGUUCGACAACGUCUACCACACACAUUUCAAGUGUAACCAACGUCAGAUUCUGAACUACCCCAACCUGUGGGGAUACACCCGAGACAUGUAUCAGCUCCCUGGGGUGUCGGCCACCGUCGACAUGGAGCACAUCAUCAAACACUACUAUGGAAGCCACAAGACUAUCAACCCCUUCGGCAUUAUUCCUGUUUGUCCCCAUCCAGACUUCACAGCCCCCCAUGACAGAGCCAGACUAUCAGCCUAGCGUUCUCAGAUGUUUCACACAGGGAUCACAGCGCUGCAAUAGUUAUGUUUGACAGUCAUGACACUAAGACUGAUUUGACAGAGCCUUGAUAGUCAGCCUAGCGUUCUCAGAUGUUUCACAAUGCGAUCACAGCACUGCAAUAGUUAUGUUUGACAGUCAUGACACUAAGACUGAUUUGACAGAGCCUUGAUAGUCAGCCUAGCGUUCUCAGAUGUUUCACACAGGGAUCACAGCACUGCAAUAGUUAUGUUUGACAGUCAUGACACUAAGAUUGAUUUGACAGAGCCUUGACAGUCAGCCUAGCGUUCUCAGAUGUUUCACACAGGGAUCACAGCACUGCAAUAGUUAUGUUUGACAGUCAUGACACUAAGACUGAUUUGACAGAGCCUUGAUAGUCAGCCUAGCGUUCUCAGAUGUUUCACACAGGGAUCACAGCACUGCAAUAGUUAUGUUUGACAGUCAUGACACUAAGAUUGAUUUGACAGAGCCUUGACAGUCAGCCUAGCGUUCUCAGAUGUUUCACACAGGGAUCACAGCACUGCAAUAGUUAUGUUUGACAGUCAUGACACUAAGAUUGAUUUGACAGAGCCAGACUGUCGGCCAAGUGAUCUCAGAUGUUUUACAAAGGGAUCACAGCACUAUCCCUCUAGCCGGGAUUUGUCCAGGAUUCUAUACUAAGGGAACAAAUUGUUAAUUUGUUCAAAAUUGGAACUUUUUGGAACAGUUUUACAUUGUGUUUGGAUAUCGCAUUCAAUGCAAUAAUUUAAACCUGUCCAUUAAAAUAAACCUAUCCAUUGAAUUAAAUAUAUUAUAUGACUCCCAGCUAAGAAAGCAACAUAAACAUCCAUAUUAUACAGAUUGUCCAACGACUGAAAAAUAUAUCCACAUUAUGAAUCCUUAAGAGACUUACUAUAUUUAACAUUGGUCUAUUCUUAACUAAAACCUUUACAAUGAGAAAUGAUAAAACACUUAUUUAAUAUUGAUACCCUUGUAUGCAGGAUAUUUAAAUAUGUGUAUUGUUGUAUUGUCGUACGAUGGCCUUUAUUCCUGAAUAAAUUUGUCUGUCUAUC